GCAAUGGUGGGGGUGAACAACUAUUAUGCCCGACUAUACUACUAUAAAUCAAUCAUAACAUCUGUAACUCUUGCAGGACACGCCAUUAAACAAACGCUAAAACACUAAUAGACGACCGUUUUACUUAAAAGCGCGAAUAAUUUCAAACAAAUGGCAGAACAAGUAAUCAGCGAAUUGGAAAAAGCUGCACAAGUGAUUUUAGCACCACCAAAUUUAAUUUCAGUAGAACAAAGACAAGCUGCAGAAGAAGUUUUUCUAAAUUUUCGUAAAACCAAAUUUCCUUACCAGCUCUGUCAGCAAAUUUUAGAAACCAACACAAAUGAUUAUAUCCUUUUUGAAGCAGCCGGUUUAUUAAAGUUAGCAUUGGUACGAGAAUGGUCAAGUUUACCAAAACAAGAUAUUUUAUCUUUAAAACAAUACCUUCUCCAGUAUAUAAUAAACAAAUCAUAUUUGGCAACAUAUAUUCAAGGAAAUAUAUUGCAAGUGAUUGCAAUCAUAAUAAAGGCAGACAGUGUCAAUAAUUCUAUACAAGAACAACAACAGUUCUUAGGAGAAAUUGAAAACUUAAUAAUGACCGGUGACUUACAAAAGAAAAUUAUAGGAUGUAAUCUCAUAUUAGCUAUCAUGCAAGAAUAUAGAUUUGAUGCGAACACUACCAUCAAGAAUAUAUCAGUAGAACAGGAAUUUAUUAAAUUGUUUGAAGGUGUUAUUUUAAAAAGAAUUUUGAAGUUUUGUCUCAGAAUACUCGACGAAUUAUUGAAGAAAGACAUUCAAGAGGAUACACUGGCACUUCUCAAACAUUUGCUUCCGAUUGUAGAAUGCAUACUUACUUGGCCUUUUACUGCAGCAAAACGUGAAAAUUACUUGUACGCAUAUGUAUCUAACUUUUGUAUGAUUGAUUUAACAUUAAAGGUGGAUGAAAGCUGGCAAGAUGUAUUAUUGCCUCCAGGUGUACUGGAUUUAUUUUUCACACUCUAUUGGAAAAUACGGGGCAAUCCACAGUUAGCUCAUUUAGCAAGGACUUGUUUGGUGAAGCUGGUAACCUUAAAUGGUUCGGUACUGUCAUCUGAAGAAAUUAAAACACAAUACUUCUCUAAUUACACACGGAGAUUUCUGGAGUUUGUCACAAAUAUUGAUAUCAUUGACCAUGAAGCCAUUGGAAUUGCUCAGAUUACAAUAAAAUUGAUUACAUUACUUCAUACAAAUUCAGUAAUUCUACCUAAAGAUAUGUUGAAUACAUUGUUGGAACAGAUGUGUCGAUUAACUUGUCUAUUCAUAGAAAAUGCAGCUAAAGAAGAAUUCUUAUGUGUCGAUGAAUCCCCGUAUUCAGAAGGUUUAGGUAUUUUGUUUCGGACGUGGUUGUAUAUUCUACCAAGGGAAGGACCUAGUGAAAGAUGUACUAUAAACAUGGAAACAAAAACUUGUCAGAGAAAGAAUGUGUUUCCUGAUGAAUUUCGUAAAAGAAGUACUGUACAAAUAUUUGAUGUGUAUCUUCAGUGUCACUUAACUUCACCAGAAGGUGUAAGAAGUCUGGAAGAGAAGGACCUUAACAGAGAAGAAGCAGACACCGAAGAAGACGAUAAAGUUAGAUUUGAGUCACAGUUACAAACAAUUGGCUCUUUUGGAAGACAAGAUUUAUGUCAUUCUUUUUCAAUAUUGUCACAAUUAAUAAAGGACCGUACAUCUAAACUGCGAGAAAUUCUCAAUAGAUUAGUGGGACGGACUGAAUCUUUAAGUACAAUAAAGGAUAUUUCUAUGGUCAGAUUAUACGAGGACAUACACUGGCUAUUACUUAUAACGGGCCAUGUGCUUUGCUUGGAGUCUCAUGGUGAGACUGCUUUAAUACCUACAGAAAUAAUGAAAUACAGUAUGGAACAGGUACGCCAGGGAAAGGUCGAUGUGCACCUUACUACACAACUUCUAGCAUUUUCAGAGAAUGUUUCGUCAGACAUUAAUGUUGCUAUAGAAUCAGUGGAUCACGUCAUUCAUUUUGUCACAGAUAUUUUUCGGCUGUGUGCUAUAGAAAAGACUGCAAUAUCUGUCCAUCUGGACAGCAUACUAAGCCCCGUAUUAAGCUGUACUAUAAUGUGGUUUUUACACAGAUGGGCGCUCAGUUACCUCUUACCCAUAGAAAAGUAUUACUCCGAGAUAAGCACUACAUUUUUACAAGUUUUUGGCGAAGAUGCGCCCGGUACGUCGUGGGCUAUAAACAUGCUUUUAGAGAGAAUAGAAUACAGUAUUAAUACUUUUAAAAGUGAGCCGGCGUUAAUGCAGGAAACUAUAAAGUUAUUAACAUCUCUUCUUAAUUCACCGAAGAAACUAACUUCUGUAUUAAAAUCGGAACGAUAUGUUCGUAUUUGGAAUCUAGCACUAAAUGGACAACAUGACUUCCCACAGAAGGUUAAAAGAGGACUAAUGCAAGCGGUGAUUCAAGGUGGAAUCGCAACUCCAAAUGCUACCGCAGAAGGAGGUUAUUGGUCGCAGGCACUACAACCACUCCAAGAUAGAUACAAGCGAAUUACCACGGAUGAAAAGUUCUUGAAGUCCUAUCACCAAGAAGAAAUUAAAAUUCAAAUUAUAGAUAUUUUAGAAUGUGCUAUUGGGGCUGCUCAGGGUAUCCAGCAUAUAUUAGGCUCAAGGUCCAGAACGUUAUUUCGAUACAUGUAUCCCAUAUUAGAGAAACUUCCACAUUUGCUAUCUUUGUAUCAUAAUUAUCAGGAAAUAAUACAAUUAAUUUUGGAGUUGCUUUCUGAAUGCACAGGACCAGCGAUUCUUAGUUCAUUGUCUGAUAUUGAAGCUGAACAGAUGUACCAAAUAUGUUUGAAUGCAAUGCAAAAUUAUGCGCGCUGCAAUAGUAAUCGACUAUCAAUAAAUUCAGCCGCGGAAGGAAGUUUUCAAGAUAUUCUAUCAUUAAUGAAAUUGUUGAAUAAUUUAAUGGACAAUCAUCGCUUUUCCAACAAAAACAUAAAAGCGGAUGUCUUUGUAUGCGGUUUCAAUAUACUUAUGCCUAUAGUGACUAUAGAUUUGUUAAAGUUUCCAUUCUUGUGUUCGCAGUAUUACGACAUUCUGUUAAACUUUUGUGUUGAUCAUCCUGAGAGAGCGUGCACCUUGUCACCUGAAUUGUUGCGGCCACUAUUAGCAUCUGUAGAAUGGGGUCUGUUUUCUAUUGGUCAUGAAACGUCUCGGUCAUGUUGUACAAUACUUUCAGCUUUAGCCGAACACAUCUGUGGCAACUAUACAUUAUAUGAGCAUCCACAAAAACAGAUAUUGGCGCCAUUUUUAAAUUUGCUACUGAGUACAAUUUUAUCACAACAAGUUGAUAGAGAUUUUAUCUCGGAAGUUGAGACACCCCUCUAUUAUUUGAUACUCUGCUAUUACGAACAAUAUGAACAACUUGUACAGAAUAUCCUGUCCUCUCAAUUGGAUCAACAACUUGCACAGAGAUUAGCGGACGCCUUUGCGAAACUAACCAGGAGUCUAAAACUAUGUCGCAAGAGUUCUUUCAAUAAACAUACAUACGAAACAAGUUUCAAAGAAUUUGUAGACAGUGUGAAAGGAACCAUUUCAAUGGUUAAAUAAAAUAAAUUGAUUUCUAAUUUAGUUUCCA